ACUUCUUGCGCUCAGCACCAACUCCCCAGAGUCACUACCUAAAGACAAUGUUGUGCACAACGAGUAACCACCCCAUCGCCGCCGCAGACACUCAACCCCUCCUGCUCAUGCUCGUCCACCGGCCGAACGCAGAAAAGCUCCAUAAGCCAUCCCCAGCAAUCCUAACCCUAGGCCUAGAGCCCGCCUCCGAAUCCGCGUGCGCCAUUGCCGUCGUGCUCCCGAGUCGAAAACAUGCUAAUUGGGUGCGGGAUAACGCUUAUGCUGGAUGUGUCUUCAGCGUCACCCUCCCCACCACGGGCGCAUCACCAAACCACCCACCCCCGACAUCAGCAACUCCGAAUCCAUUCUUAGACGCCGCACCAGGCACCCUCGUCGACCCACCCACACCCACAUGUUUAGGCCUCUAUCUCCGCACACUGCGCGCGGAUGCGGUGUUGCGAUUGGUUCGGGAAGGGGAUCCGAUGGUCGAGGAGCACGGCGGUUUUAGGGAUACGGUUGAGGGGUGGUGGGUUGCUGGGUGGAAUGACGGGUACGUGUAUACUCUCUUCAUCAUAUCUUGUCAUCAACAUCAUGAUUGGACUCUGCACUUAACAUCCACAGUCCACACAUCCCCCAAGAAGAAUCCACAACCCCCAUCCACAAAACAACACCAAACCUCCUCGCCUCCCUCCUCAGGUUCCGCAAAUCGCGCAUCGCGGCGGGCGCGAGAAAGGGGCAGCUGGCGGCUGUGGAUGCGCUGAUUGGGGUCGAGACGGAGUGCGUUUUCCAGGAGUGGACUGAGGCUGUUUAUGGGGGUGGG